AUGUCAACCCCAAUAUGUAGAUUGUUAAGUUUCCGCUCAUUCAAGGCCGCACAUGUACUCGUGUUAUGUGCAUUAGUAGCUAUUUGCGUCGCCGAGACACAACGGCCGCCAGUCUCAGAUACAGCACUAGAUGACGCUCUCAAUGAUAAGCGUUUCAUACAACGACAGCUGAAAUGUGCGCUUGGUGAAGCGCCCUGUGAUCCAAUUGGGAAGAGACUAAAGACAUUGGCACCAUUGGUCCUGCGAGGAGCAUGUCCUCAGUGCUCGCCGCAAGAAACAAAACAAAUACAACGCACGCUUUCGUAUGUUCAAAGAAACUUCCCACAACAAUGGGCUAAAAUUGUACGUCAGUAUUCUGGCUAA